GGCCCCUCUCCAAUGCGCCCACGUCCUUUCUAUAGUGGGGGGCCCAGAACUGGACACAACACUCCAGAUGUGGCCUCCCCAGCGCCGAAUGAAGGGGACUAAUGACACCUCUGGAUCUGCUGGCCAUGCUCCUCCUAAUGCCCCCCAAUAGGCCAUUAGCCUUCUUGGCUGCAAGGGCGCCUGGUUGGCUUCUGUCCAGCUUCUCGUCCACUCCCGUCCCCAGGGCCGUUUCUGUCUUCUCAUCCCCUCCCGCCUCAGUUUCCCCCAUCCCUGGUUCCUCUCCCCUGCCCGCAGUGACACCUGCAGCCGGGAGGAGCUGCUGGCCGAGGCCCGGGCCAUGGACAAGGCGCGUUUCAUCUACAUCCUGCGGCUCUUCGGCCUCUACGAGGAGGAGGAGGAGGGCUGGGCCGGCGGCCCCCGGCUGGGCAUUGUCAUGGAGUACAUGGAGUGCGGGAGUCUGGCCAGCCUGCUGGAGAGGGUCCGGCCGGUGCCCUGGGCCCUGCGCUUCCGCCUGCUCCACCAGGUGGCGCUGGGCAUGAACUACCUCCACGGGCUCCGCCCACCCCUGCUGCACCUGGACCUCAAGCCCAGCAACGUCUUGCUCAACCCGGAGCUGGACGUCCGGCUGGCGGACUUCGGGUUGUCCAAGUUCAAGCGGGGGACCACCAAGCAGAGGGCUGAGCAGUCGGAGGAGGACGACGACUACGGGGGCACCCUGGAGUACAUGCCCCCCGAAUCCUUCGUCAGCCUCAACUACCGGCCCACACCCGCCACCGAUGUCUACAGUUACGCCAUCCUCACCUGGUCUGUGCUAACUGGCGAGCAGCCCUACCCACAUCUGAACCCAAAAAUCAUGAGCUCUCUCCUCCACCUGCAUGUCCCCCGGGGCCAGAGACCCGAACUGGAGUCGCUGAAGGAAGUCACGGGUGUGGAGGGCCUGGAGACCAUGAAGGAGUUAAUGGAGCGCUGUUGGGACAACGAGAGCCAGCAACGGCCCAGCUUUAAAGAAUGCAGCGACCUCACAGAGAUGAUUGUUUCCUGCCACAAGUCUGCGUCAGGUGCAGGACGUGCUGGUGAGGCCCCGCCCCCAUCGUGGUUCCCGUUCCAUCCUCCGCGCCACCACAGAGAGCCACUAGGGGGCAGCACCUGCCCGUAA